AUUCGUUCGUUCAAUAUUUGAUUAGUAUGUUACACCGUUCCUUUUCAUUCAAAACUUGCUAAUGUGUAAUAAAAAUAAUGAAGAAUACAUCAAUAUUUUUGCUAAUAAAAUUUAUUAUGUUAUUUAAAACAUCUGAAAUCUUUAUUACUUUGUACUUAGAAAUAGUUUGAAUUUAAUUCUUGUUUAUGACACACGUAUAUUUCUCAGUUGUUUUUUAGAUAGCUAGCGUAUGAAGGAAUGAAAUACAAAGCGCGAGUAGUUUUAUGUUAACGAAAAUUUUCGAAAAUUUAUAUAUUGUUAUUGUAACGUGUCGCGUCAAAAACACAGCCGCUAUUGUUCAUUGAUUCUUGAUUGAUUCUUAAUAGACGGUACGUUGUUCUUAAGAAUAGUACCUAUAAUAUUUUUUGUUCUGAAUUUGUGUGCGACGAACGUUACUUGUGCUGUAAAAUGGAUAAACAAAAGAAAAAAAGGGGUGAUAAUUGGACUUCUGAAGAAAAGGAAAUAUUACGUCAACUUGUUUCCCAGUCUGCACAUAUAUUAGAAGAUAAGUCAACAAAAACGAACACAAAUAUGUUGAAAUCUAAAGAAUGGAAAAAUGUAACCAUGAAGCUAAAUGAAAUUGUAGGAAAAGCAAGAACUGACACAGAAGUAAAAUUGGCUUGGAAACGAAUGAAGUUGACAGCCAAGGCUAACUUGUCUCUUCACAGAAGAGAACAGUUCCAGACAGGAGGUGGUCAAAAGCCCCCAUCACCUUCUCCAGUGGACUUGGAAAUUAAAUCGAUUGCUCCCUGUGACUUUGUCGUAGACGUAAAUAAUUAUGACAGUGAUGCUGUGAUUACAAUUCCACCCGAGAUAGAUGAUAGUCCUAUGCCUGGCUCUAGUUCGGAGUACAAAGAACCAAUUUUAUCUGCAGAUAAUACAAUUAACUCAACUAAUAAAGAAAUUAAAGCUGUUAUAGAUAUGCCUAAAAAUACUGAAAAGAAGGACAAAAAGGUCUCUCAUAAUAGAAGUGAACAAGGCCGUCAAGCUAUAAUAAACAGUAACAUAGAUUUUAAGAAAAAACAAUUGGAAAUGUUGGAGGUGGAGCACAAAUUCAGUGUAAAAAUAUCGGAAUUAAAAAUUAAGAAACUUGAAUUAGAAAUUGAACUUUUGGAAAAUCAAAAAAUAUCUAUUGCUAAAGAACAAGAAAAAAAUAACAGUUAGAAAAAUAAAAUGUGAUUAUGUA